AUGAAUAGUGUGGUGUUGUUUACAAUCAAUGAAUCAACAAUGAUGAAAUGUUCAUCUCUCUUUAUUCUUUUACUACUCUAUUCCUUUGGAUCUUGCAAUGCAAAGUGCAGCCCUUCUGCCUGCGGUAUCAUUCCCAAUAUCAGCUCCCCUUUCCGCCUCAAAGGCGACUCCAAAAACUGCGGUGACAGCAGAUUUGAAUUACGCUGCGAAAACAAUGUGACCUCCAUCUCUCUCAACUCUCAUAAAUACUAUGUCAAAGCCAUCAACUACCAUAACUCCACCAUCAGGCUGGUUGAUGCUUCCCUAAACAAUGAUGACAUCUGCUCUUUCCCCACCUAUUCCGCAUAUCACUAUAACUUCACCUACGCAUAUGACUAUAACUUCCUCUCUUAUAAUCCACAUCCUCUUCCUUACCACAUUCCAGGAAAUGCUUAUAUAUAUGAUGUUAUACCCUACCCUAUUAAUUUUGUAAGCUGCCCUCAUCCCUUGAAGAAUUCUUCCCUCCUUACAGAUUGUGCAUCAAAUCCCAGAUACAGUUAUAUCAAGGUCGGCCACUUGAACGCCUCGGAAUUACCACAUUUGUGCGGAGUAGAGGUGAUAGUGAUGACAUCAUGGCAGGAAUUUAAGGAUUUGAACAACGUUUCGCUUUCAGAAAUCCACCAAUCGCUCAUGUAUGGAUUUGAGCUCACUGUGUGCCCCAGGUGUGGAACAUCCUCGGCAUUACCAAUGUGGGGUACGCAUGAAAGAUGCACUCUUACUCUCUCAUAUCAUUCAUAUAUUUUGCUAAUGCUUUGUAUUCUGGAAACUGAUCAUCAUCACUACUACUCUUGUAUGUAUAUCGGCAGAGUUUGUCCCAAUUCUUGCGGUUAUCCUAGGUGUGUUGUGUGCAGCGGUUAGCCCUCCUGUAUUCACCAUCUUUGGAUUCGCGGCUGUAUCACUACUCUUAUAUCAUAUUUUACCUCUAUUGGUCGACAUGAUAUAUCCCCGUAAGAAUCCUUGCAUUCCUUUUUGUUUUUUCAGUCUUUUAUUUAGGGGUUAGAAUAAAAGGAUGGAACAGGCUUUGUUUCUAGAGCCCUAGUUUCUUUUGUUAUUUAAGUACUAGAGUUGAGUCAUUUAGAGGCAUCAAAAGACAAGUAAGCAAACAGGCUAAUCUAACCAAACUGUUCAAUAAGUAC